UGGACCCAACCGGACCCUAUAACUCUUACCUGAAUUGGAUAGAGCUGAAAUAAAGAGGUAAACAUCCUAAAUCAUCCACUGAAACCUUCUUGAAAGGGAAAAAUAGAAAUGAAGGUACAUAUGCACACAAAAUUUUGCCUCAUUUGUUUGCUGACAUUUAUUUUCCAUCAUUGCAACCAUUGCCAUGAAGAACAUGACCAUGGUUCUGAAGAGCAUCACAGACACCAUCGUGGAAUGACAGAAUCAGAGUCGAGCAAAUUUUCAGUGCUGGAUGCUGAAAAUGAAAAAAAAUAUUAUAUUGAAAAACUUUUUGAUCGUUAUGGUGAAAAUGGAAGAUUAUCCUUUUUUGGUCUGGAGAAACUUUUAACAAACUUGGGCCUUGGAGAGAUAAAAGUAGUUGAGAUUAAUCAUGAGGAUCUUGGCCACGAUCAUGUUUCUCACUUAGAUAUUUUGGCAGUUCAAGAGGGAAAGCAUUUUCACUCACAUAACCACCAGCAUUCCCAUAGUCAUUUAAAUUCAGAAAAUCAAACUGUGACCAGUGUAUCAACAAAAAGAAGCCAUAAGUGUGAUCCAGAGAAAGAGACAAUUGAAGUGUCUGUCAAAUCUGAUGAUAAACAUAUGCAUGACCGUAAUCAUCGCUUAUGUCAUCACCAUUGUUUGCGUCAUCACCUUGAUCAUAACACUACUCGCCAUUUUCCUAAUGAUUCCAUUAUUCACAGUGAGCAUGGGGAGCCUAGCCAUGAACCUUCUACAGAGACCAAUAAAACACAGGAACAAUCUGAAAGUAAGCUACUGAAAGGAAAGAAGAAGAGAAAAGGGAAGAAAAGUAAUGAAAAUUCUGAGGUUAUUACACCAGGUUUUCCCCCUAACCAUGAUCAGGGUGAACAGUACGAGCAUAAUCGGGUCCACAAACCUGAUCGUGUACAUAACCCAGGUCAUUUUCAUGUACAUCUUCCAGAACAUAAUGGUCAUGAUCCUGGUCACGGACACCAAGAUCUUGAUCCUGAUAACGAAGGUGAACUUCGACAUACUAGAAAGCGAGAAGCACCGCAUGUUAAAAAAAGUGCAAUUUAUGCAGCUGCUAGUCACAAAGAUCAUAACGAAGAUGACCGGCAACAUGAGUGUUUGAAUGUCACUCAGUUGUUAAAAUACUAUGGUCAUCGGGCCAAUUCUCCAAUCUCACCUGAUCUAUUUACGUACCUUUGCCCUGCUUUGUUAUAUCAAAUCGACAGCAGACUUUGUAUUGAGCAUUUCGACAGACUUUUAGUUGAAGAUUUAAAUAAAGAUAAAAAUCUGGUUCCUGAAGAUAAGGCAAAUAUAGGGGCAUCAGCGUGGAUUUGUGGUAUCAUUUCUAUCACUGUUAUUAGCCUGCUUUCCUUGCUAGGAGUGAUCUUGGUUCCCAUCAUUAACCAAGGAUGCUUCAAAUUUCUUCUCACAUUCCUUGUUGCACUAGCUGUAGGAACAAUGAGUGGAGAUGCCCUUCUUCAUCUACUGCCCCAUUCUCAGGGUGGACAUGAUCACAGUCAUCAACAUGCACAUGGGCAUGGACAUUCUCAUGGACACGAGUCUAAGAAGUUUCUAGAAGAAUAUGAUGCUGUAUUGAAAGGACUUGUUGCUCUAGGAGGCAUUUACUUACUAUUUAUCAUUGAACAUUGCAUUAGAAUGUUUAAGCACUACAAACAGCAAAGAGGGAAACAGAAAUGGUUUAUGAAGCAAAACACAGAAGAAUCAGCUAUUGGAAGGAAGCUUUCAGAUCAUAAGUUAAAUAAUACACCAGAUGCUGACUGGCUUCAGCUCAAGCCUCUUGCCGGAACUGAUGACUCGGUUGUUUCUGAAGAUCGACUUAAUGAAACUGAACUGACAGAUUUAGAAGGCCAACAAGAAUCCCCUCCUAAAAAUUAUCUUUGUAUAGAAGAGGAGAAAAUCAUGGCCCAUUCUCAAAGUGAUGGAUUACAUGCCAUUCAUGAGCAUGAUCUCCAUGCUGCUGCACAUAACCACCAUGACGAGAGUAAAACUGUGCUGAGGAAGCAUAAUCAUCAGUGGCACCACAAACAUUCUCAUCAUUCACACGGUCCCUGUCAUUCCGGAUCAGAUCUGAAAGAAACAGGAAUAGCUAAUAUCGCUUGGAUGGUGAUCAUGGGGGAUGGCAUCCACAACUUCAGUGAUGGGUUAGCAAUUGGAGCAGCUUUCAGUGCUGGACUGACGGGCGGAAUCAGUACUUCUAUAGCUGUCUUCUGUCAUGAGCUGCCACAUGAAUUAGGUGAUUUUGCAGUUCUUCUUAAAGCAGGCAUGACUGUAAAGCAAGCAAUUGUAUACAACCUCCUCUCUGCCAUGAUGGCUUACAUAGGCAUGCUCAUAGGCACAGCUGUUGGUCAGUAUGCCAAUAACAUCACACUCUGGAUCUUUGCCAUCACUGCAGGCAUGUUCCUCUACGUAGCCUUGGUGGAUAUGCUUCCAGAAAUGUUGCAUGGUGAUGGUGACAAUGAAGAACAUGGCUUCUGUCCAGUGGGGCAAUUCAUUCUUCAGAAUUUAGGAUUGCUGUUUGGAUUUGCCAUCAUGCUGGUAAUUGCCCUCUAUGAAGACAAAAUUGUGUUUGACCUCCAGUUUUGACCAUUCCCAGCAAUCACUGCUGAUUACAAGAAUGUUACCAUGCAGCUUUGCAUCUGUUCCUUGUACUGUAAGCACAUUGCUCAAAGAAAAGUCAGUGGCUUGCACUACUUACAAGUUCACAGAUUUGAGCCUGACCACAAAGACCGGUGCUCAGUACUGUUUUCCCUGCAUGAAGGGGUCUUUUAGAAAUAUAAAGCUUGUUAUAAAGAAAGGAGAAAACGGGACUCUGUGAACCGAUGUUGAUAUAGGUUUGAUUAAGACUUUUUAAAAAAAUAAUCAUAUAAAACACUAAAGUAGUCUCUUUAUUAGUAGAAACUUCUGUGGCUAUGCAGAAAUAGAAAUUGAACCAAAAAAAAAAAUCCCUUAAACUUUAAAAAUAUUUUAAAUGGACUUUGGGAAGACUUUUCUUUGUGCUAAAAAUGAAUUGUAUUGUCCUUUAAUUCAGCUCCAUGUAUACAUGUGGUAAUAGGGAUCAACUUGACACAGCUUUGAAUCUGCAGAAAGUAGACUAUAGCACCUAGAAGAAAGCUCAGGCUGCAUUAGAAUAUGGAUUUAGCAUUGGGAAAAGCCCUUAUUCUUGAAUCUAGAGUUACUAUUUUUGUAUAUAUUUGCAUAGGAUUUAAACUUGCAGCCUAAACUACUGAAAUUUGUGAUUGUACAUUUGUGUGAGCUUCAGUUUAAUGAAAGAUUCAUAACGGUUCUUUUAUUAAUAUUAUACUUGGUGUUUGGGUUUGUUUGUUUUUUUUAAACUUUUGUUUUUGUCUUGGGUUUUUUGGUGGGGGUAAGGGGUUGGAGCAUGUGGUAAAAUGUUUUUUCCUUAAAAUUGUAACCCUUUAGAAAAUGUCAGUGAAAUGAAGAACCCAAACAUGGUCUAAAUAUUCAGAUUUCCUUUAGUUAUUUGGGACAUUUAAGUUUUAAAUGCACGUAGUGCUCUACCAGUUUGGCAUUGGAACCUAGAGCACAUGCUCUGGCUGGAGGUAACGUUGUAAGGCGGCAAGUUUACCGUGUCCAUAAUCUGUACGUGGAGUGUCAAAACAGAUAUGAGGAUGAUCUCCAUUGAUGCCAUGGCUCUCAUGGCACCAGGUAACUUGGAACAUGCAUUUAAGUUCAGUAACUCAGCUGAAAUCACAUGAUCAUUUUGUGCCAAGAUAUGCUGUUGGUGCCUGAUAGGAAUUAGUCUCUUUUUUUUAGGUACCCUGUUCUCCUGCCAUAAAUUGUGAAUGAUUUGUGAGAAAUGCAAGCCAUGUUUAUCCUGAAUUUUGACCUAAUAAUUUGUAGUAUUAAUCAUAUGCAUGUAGCUCUCUGUGUGCCACAUGGUCUUCAUUUAUGCCAGGUAAACUGUAUUUGAACUACGUGCAGGCAGCUUUGUUUUAAUCUGCUUGGCUACCUGUGUGGCUGCUUUAAAAAUCUUAUUGUUCAGAUAUUUAAGAGCCAAACUCGUUCCAUUCCAUUUGAAAUGUAUUCAUUUAGUCCUCCUCCUUUCCCCAGUUCCUUUCCUCUUACUCCGUGAACUUUAAAACAAAAAACAAAACUGAAAGCAGCACAUGCAUUCAGGUAUUAAGAGUGUUGCCAGUAUUUCUUCUUUAUGCGGUAAAGCAAGGGAGCUUAUUAGAUGUUAUUUCCUUAAUUUAUGCCUGAAUUUGAAAAAUUAUUUCUGGCUUUCUCCAUGGCCUCCUGUGACAAGUAGGAGUUUUAUACGUAGAUCACUUUCAGCACUGGGCACUGAAUUAGGACAGUCCUCAUCUCAUUGCUUGGCCCCUCAAGCAACCUAGCUCAAAGGUGCUGAUAUUUUAUUUAGUACUGCCAACUUGAAGUAAUUCAAAUAUCUUGCUUUCUGAACCAAGAUAUAUUUAUAGUUCAUUUUGGGGUUUUUAAUGCCCAAGGAGGAUUCUGCAUUCCAGCAUUAAGUCUGCUUAUUUUUAAAACUUUUAUGAAAAGCAACAGCUGGAAUAUACUCCCAGACUUAAAAAGAAAUGCCUGAUUUAAAGCAAAUAGGUUAUGCUGAAGUAUAUAAAAGUUUUAUAUCCUCUCAAAACUGCUAUUAUCUUUAUUUGCUGGAUUUCUUUAAACUUUUAAGAGGGCUGUAACAGUUGCUGCUAGUGUUUUGUUUAGGGUUCCACCAGUAUUUAGUUUUCACAUCAUCCUAAUGUAUAGUUUCAAGUCUUACUAGACAAUCUGAAUUCCACUACAUUUCUCUUUGGCUCCAACAUUCCCUUUAGCUUGACCAGUCUAAUUUAACAUGUGUUUGUUGGAGGUCAUUAAUGUUACUUGUACAAUGCUGUCACUGUGUGACAUCCAUAUGAAUUUUGGUGUAUAUCACAUUGCAUUC